AAGAUGAAGGGGUGGAAAAGGCCGUGGAACAGUAUAAAAGGGAUGCUGGGCUGUCCGAGAGCGAUCGGCGUGGAAACAAGCCCUCCGCGUGUCAGAACUCCCGGUGGGAAGAGAAUGGAUCGUGUCCCCAGCACUUUCAGCUCACGCCCUGAAAUGGGCCCCUCUAUAGCCAAGAAGCUCCGAAACUCCCUCCUGCUGGCGCUGCUCUUCACCCUCGCCGGCGGAUCUGCGGACGUCCCGGACUGCUGCCGGCGGCAGACCUGCUCCUGUCGCGUCUACGACCUGCUGCACGGCCUGGGCAACCACGCCGCGGGCAUCCUGACCCUCAGCAAGAGGAAACCCCCCGGCCAGGGCUUCCAAGCCCGGCUCCACCAGCUGCUCCACGGCUCCGGGAACCACGCCGCCGGCAUCCUCACCAUGGGCAGGAGAGGGGAGACGGACAGCGGCCAGCCCGCGGACAGAGACGCCCCGGGGCGGGCGAGCCCGAACUUCCGGUCGGUUCCCACCGGAUCAAACUCCGACGUCCAGCGUGACUUCAGGCUCUAUGAGCCGCUGAAACUCCUGCAGACCGAUACGGCCACGCAGAGGGAGUGCUUGGAGCCGCUUCUAAAACUCUGUCUUACCAAGACUGCAACUACUUCUGCUCCUCCUGAUGAUAACGGAGUUAUAAGCUAUAAAAUAUCAGAAUGAAACCUGAGGCGCUUGCGGUCCCGCUUUUCAUUCACAGCACGCAAUGUGUAUCUAGAAAUACAGAUACCGAUAAUCUAUUUUUUUUUCUAUGACGCCCUAUUGUUUGGAUUCUUUCAUGUGAUGCUGUAAUAUUAAUAACAAUGUAGCACUGUGUUGCAAUAUAUGAUUGUUGUCUCUGUAGUACAUUUCUUACAAUUCCAUUAAUCCCGGCUGUAGAAUUGAAUGCCAAAUCUGUGUGCAACAACUGCAAGUGCUCUGAAAUCGCGUAACUUGGGCUGUGUCUGUGUACCGGAUGUCCCAGAUUAAAAGGUGGAACACGCCGAGUUUCUUUUCAGAUACAGAAUUGUGCUGUCGUGUACAAAUCACUUUAGC